CACUGCCGUGACAACGUGGUUGGUGGCGCAUCGACUGCAGAACGCCAUGAGCCGCGAUGCCAGCACCAACGACUGGGCGACCGACCCGCUCGUCCACGACGCCUUUACAAGCAUGUCGCCCGACUACUACGUGACAAUCAUCGACCCCAGCGCGGACAACAAGCCGCCGGCAGGGCCGCUCAAAGCCACAGCCGUCACGAUCCAUCGCGACACGAGCUUCAGCGCACACUGCCGCGAUUCGCUCCUCGACUGGUACGCGGCUGGCGUCAUCUUUUGGUCGCAUCUCGUCAACUUUGAUACGCUCCUCGUGUUCCUCGUCUCGCUCGGUGCGCCGAGUGCGUACUACUACUACAUGCCGGCGGACAGCAGCGGCGUGCCGCAGCACUUUAGCGCCAACCUCUCGUGGAUCCUCGUGACCUUCGCCGUCGUCUCGCCCAUGAUCAUGCAGAUCCGCCAGGCGUUCACGCGCCGCGAGAACGCGCUCGACGCCAUCGCAGAGAUGAAAGCAAUCGCAUCCAACAUCCUCCUCGCCAACACGGUCUGGAACUGGGGCCAGAACGGCCGCCAAGCGCUGCCGCCCGAGCACAACCCGCGUGCCAAGCUGCUCCUCCGCGGUCUCCUCACGGACCUCUACACGUUUCUGCUCAUGCCCACGUUCACGCGCGGCCGGCACCGCUUCACGCAGAGCGGCGCGGCCGAGGCCGUCCACUACAACGCGCAGGUCGACACACUCUACCAGCGCAUGAUGGUGGCGUUCCGGCAGCUGCAUUUCCAGGUCGAGACCAUGAAAGGUCUCGGUCUUCCGCCCAACGAAGCGUCGCGACUGAACCAGUACCACUGGUUUCUGCAAGCGCGCUUUGAGCGCCUCUGCAACAUCAAAUUGUACCGGACGCCGCAAGCGACGCGGUCGUUCAGUCGCCUCAUCAUUUUGCUGCUGCCGUGCUUUUACGGUCCGUACUACGUCUACAUCAUCGCGUCGGCCGACGGCCACACGAGCUUUGCGUUUGCACUCGUGCUGAGUGCGAUGACGAGCGUGACGAUGAUUGGCAUCUUCAACGUGGAGAAAGCGCUGGAAGACCCGUUCACCGAGGAAGGUCUCGACGGCGUCCAGGUCGACGUGGCCUUUCGUCGGCUCUUUCUCGCCCUCGACACGGUCUACCCAGCGGUCUACCCGUGA